AUGAAGAGAGGCGCAGAGAGACAAAUCAGCAAAGACGACGGCGAUGACAUAGAGGAAGUCGAAGACCCUGGCAAGGGUUUCCAAAAGGCAGACGAGUCCGUCCUCACAAAGCGACAAAUACGUGGUUUGCCUAAGCGAACCAUGGCUUCAAAUAAGGCUUCGUCUUUCGCCGGACUCCCCAGUGCACCUCUUUCACCCGCGGAUUCGGAACCACCUGCUGCCCCAAAAUUUGGUGGUUUUACAGGGUUUGGCUCAGGAGCUGGACCGAGUCCUUUCUCGUUCACCCCUCCGGCCGUCACUUCAUUCGCGACCUCAAACGUUGCACCCUCUGUGUCUGCUGCUACGAAGGGCUUUGCAUUGGUUGUACAAGCCGCUAGUACUGCCAAUGCAUCCCCGAGUACUUCAGAUGAAGAUUACAACGCAGAACUGAAUUACUACAAGUCUAUUCGUGGUCUUAACGUCUCCUUUUUGUCAGCAAUCCAAAAAGCUGUAGACCAGGAUCCCUUUAUUGACAUCGCGGGCCUUCUUGAGAGUUAUAAGAAUCUCCGGACUACCGUCCAAACAGAGCUUGAUAGCUCAUCCAAAGGCACUAACCAGAAGGCAUCAGCUUCUGACCCUCCUGCGCUCGAGAAGACUGCACCUUCAGCAACUGGAUUUCCCGUUCCAAAAGGCUUCUCUGGAUUCGGUAGCUUUGGCUCUCCAUCAUUACCUCCUUCGUGCACGAAUGGAACAGAUAAGAGCUCGACAUCCAAUAGUGCCUUUCCCUUCUCUACAUCAACUUCCAGCACGAACUCAACUUCAAGUUUCAUUUUUGGUGCCAAAAUGAGCGAAGACAACCCUGCACCAUCUCCCUUUGGCACUUCGGAAGCCCCGAAAUCGGCUUUUUCAUUCGGGACUAAACCGAAUGAUGCCGGCUCGUCAAGUCCGAGCCCGUUUUCAUUCGCCCCAUUAGCCGCAUCUGCACCUGCAUCUGCACCUAGCAAGGACAAAGAUAAAGAUGAUUCAAAAUCCUCAUCCGCAUUUGGCACUAGUUCAGGCAUUCCCAACUUCUUCGCGUCAUCCAAGGCAGCAUCGUCCACGUUCUCCGACUUAAAGCCAACAUCAGCAUUCGGCACCACAACCUCAUUAUUUGGUAACAGUACUGACCCAAAAACCCCAUCAUUCUUCAUCCCAGGGUCCUCAGACCUAUUCAACAAAGUAUCUGGUAAAACUGAUACGGGAAACGAAGAAAUCAAAAGCACAAGCACUGGUCUAUUUGGUAGCUCCUCCUUCACACCACCUACCAACGCUUUCGCAUCUGCUGCCACCGACAAACCCACCAGUGCUUUUGGCACGUUUGGUGGAGGCUCGCCACCAAAAGGAAACGGAUUUACAUUUGGGAAGGCGGGAGGAGGGAGUAUCGGCAAUCCAGUAGGGUUUGGAUUCGGCGUCGCGAAGCCUGCAGAUGGGACUUCUGCGUCUUCAGCGAGCGCCCCCACGGAAUUUAGUUUUGGUGCUCCGUCAACGUCAACCAAGUCUGUCUCUCCGCCAACUGACACCGCCAGUCGAUCAGGGUCGCAACCUGUUGUUAGCGACGAGGGCACAGACGAUGUAAAGUUGCUACCGACUAGUAAUCACGAUGGUGAAGGCGAGGGUGAAGAAGAUGAAGAAACAACGUACGCUGUGAAGGCUAAAGUCUUCAAGCUUUCAAAGACUUCUGACAAGUCCGAGUGGAAGGAACUGGGUAUUGGUAUGUUCCGUUUGAAGAAACAUAAGGAGACAGGCGCACGACGUGCACUCAUGCGAAACAGUGCCACCGGGAGGAUUGUCAUUAACUUCAGGUUAUUCGUUUCACUAACCCCAACACUGAUGAAGACGAUGGUAUCCUUUGUUGGACACGAUGAAGGUGCUCCGGCAUCGUUCCGAAUCCGUGUAAAAACGCCUGAGCUUGCUCAGGAGCUCAAGAAUGCUUUGGAUCGAGAGGUAGCAGCUGUCAAAGAGUCGAAUUGA